AUGAAUUCUGAUUUUUCGGGAAUAUUGCUUGUUUCAAAACGAAUUUAUUUCUCUAAUGAUGAUGUCCAGAAAAAAAUGGAUAUUCAAAAUUUCGAUAAUCAUACCAGUAUUUCGAUAAUUUUUUUCACCAUAGUUGAUUUUAUCGUUUUAUUUGCAUUGUUUUUACCGGAAUGGAUCGUAUCGCAUGUUGGUGGCGAUGUCCAAAUCGGUCUAUGGAAGAUUUGCAUUUUGAAUCAAAAGAGAAUACCCAAAUGUUUUUCAUUUUCACAACCAUUACCUUGGAAAUUGGCUAUCAUUUUCAUCAUUAUCGGUUGUUUUUUCAAUACAUUAGCUAUAAUAGUAUUUAUCAAAUCAUUCAAGAAUCCAUUGUUUCGACGUCAUGGAAGAUGGCUUGGACUGUUCACUUUGUUCUUUUUUAGUUUAGCGUCAUUGUUUAUACCGAUUGGAUUUUCUGUCGAGCAAAUCAAAGGUGAACUAUUCCAAUUACCGAGUUCAUUUUAUGCCGGACAAGCAUAUAUAUUGUUCAACAUGUCCAUUUGGAUAACAGCCAUAUCUGAAGUUUUCGCUGCACGGCUAUGUUUUUUUAACUUUUGACCUUCUCGUUAUCAACCACGCGAAUAAUGUGUUGCGUUACC